AUGUUAAACAAAGAUGUUAAUUUAGAGUGUGAUAUUCUUGAUAACUAUACUUCUGAAACUUCUACCAUAAAUCAACAAAAUUUCACCGUCGAAACUUCAUCUAAAGAACUUGACACUGAACACUUUCCAAACCAUUUUCAGGUAUCGCCAAAUCUUACUGACUCUUUAGAGGAAACCUCUGAAAAUGUUGAUAACAUAACUACUACUGUUGAUGCGACUCAGCUAACAACUGAAUUAAAAAUGAUUAAAAAUGAACGACAACAAUUAAUCGAAGAAAAUCUUGGCUUACAAGGUAAUCUUAAAGAGUUAGAAGGUGAACGUGAUAAAUUAGCUAGAUUAAUUGUCAUGAUGAAAGUAGAAUGGGAAAAACAAUAUCAAAAACUUCAAGUGGACUAUCAAAAACUUCAAGUAGAUUUUAAAGAGUCUGAGAUAAACAGAAUUUCUUUAGAAUCUCAAUUAUCUGAAUUACGACAAGAAUAUGAUAAAUUAGAAAAAUCUUCUAGUAGAGUAGAAGAAAUUACUGAUAGAUUACAAGAGGUGGAAAAUCAAAAAAGUGCUUUGUCAAAAAUGUUUCAGGAUCAACAAAAUAAUGUUCAGAUGUUGAGAAUGGGAAUGGCUGCUGAAAGGGAAGGGUGGCAACAACGGGAGGCCGAAUUGAAAAAGUGUGAAUCGGAAGUUAAGACUUUAAGGCAAGAGUUGAAUGUAACUUUGACUGAUAAACAAACAAUGAAACAAAAAUUAAUAGAAGUCGGUAAAGAAAAGAUGUUGGUAGAUGGACGGAUUCGGGAAUUAGAAUCUGAGAAGAAAAAACUUGGGGAAAGAUUAUUGAAAAUAACAGAUGAAAAAGGGAAACUAACGAGUCAGCUAACAGAUUAUAAGAAACAGCUAGAUAAAAAUAAAGCACAAAUAGCUGCACUUGCCAAAAAAUUAGCUGAGGCUGAU